AUGAUUGCAAUUCUUCUGCUUGCCCUCUUGUUCAGUUGCAUCUUCAAAAUGGAACCUAGCGACGAUGAUGCAGAUGAAGACGAAGAAGAUCCUCGUCUUAGAUAUGAUCAGGAGUGGAUCCCUGAGAUACGAAAUGAGGGAGUUGGGUAUCGCCCGAUGAAUCAGGCGGCUUUACAGGCAAUCAGGGAGAAAAGACUGAAAGAAGUCCGGAUGUGGGAGAUCAUCAAGGAGAUCGCUCUUUACAUCUUCUACCUUUGGGUCAUUCUCGUCCUCUCAUAUGGCAACAGGAGCCCGAAUGCCUUCUACCUCCAGGAUGCAUUCGCUAACGCCUUCCUAAGGAUAGGAGAUCCCAACGUGGACUUCACCAAGGUCUGUCGCAAGUAUAUGAUCACGAGCUCUCCGGAAAAUCUCUCGCUGCAUUCUAAUCCAUCACAGGUGGUCACGACAAGCGACUACUGGAGCUGGCUAAACGCCGUUGCGAUGGAUCAACUCCGUGCUCAGAAUUGGUACAAUGGAGAUGCGCCAUGGGGCUUCAGAGGUUUCCUGGACGACCGAGUAAAUCGACUCAUUGGAUAUGGAACACUUCGUCAAGUCCGAGUCCGUCCCCAGUCUUGUCUGUAUACGGUGGCAUCGAAGAUGGGAACUCUUCCCAUUGUGGGACGUAUUGACAUCUACAGCGGUGGAGGAUACGUGGUGAAAUUGCAAGGAUUCGAAUCUGAAAUUCGAAGUCGCCUCAGGACGUUGCAAGAUCUCGACUGGAUCGAUCGCUACACCAGGGCCGUCUUCCUGGAAUUCUUCACUUACAACGCUCAAGUGAACUUGUUCGGAGUUGGUCGGGUGACAGUUGAAAUGAUUCCUGGCGGAGGGAUGGUGCAAAGUUGGCGAUUCGACGGAAUUACCCUUCUCCCCUAUCAAACUGCAUUCGGUGUCUUCAUCCUCAUCUGCGAACUGCUUUUCCUCCUCUUCAUCCUUUAUUUCACUUAUCAAUGCUUCAGAGCGUGCUGCAAGGAAAAACGUCAAUACUUCCUUCAGUACUGGAGCUACGCCGACAUGACAACUCUGUUGCUGGGGUGGACUGCUGUCGGGCUCUACGCCUAUCGAUAUGUUGCCACUCAGGACGUCUUGAAGAAGAUCUACGAAUCCUACGGCAACGAAUACGUCAACCUCCACCAUGUGGCUCUCAUUGACGAGAUUUUCGGAUAUAUAGUUGCCUUCCUCACCUUCAUCGGAAUGGUUUCCUUCAUCAGACUCCUUCGAUUCAAUCGUCGAAUGGGAGUCCUUGCGGCAACUAUGAAACAAUGUUGGAACGACCUUCUUGGCUUUGCCUUCGUAUUCUUCAUGUUCUUCAUCGCAUUCUGUCUCAUGUUCUAUCUUUUCUUCUACGUGGACCUGGAAGAAUGGCGGAAUUUCGUAACGGCCUUCGGGACCUGCUUUUCCAUGUUGUUGGGGAAAUUCAAGUUCGACAGCAUGAAACAGACCAACAUUGUUGGAGCCGUUUUUUUCUUUUUUUUUGCCAUCUCGAUGAGUCUCAUCAUGAUCAAUCUCUUGAUGACCAUCAUCAUUCGAGCAUUUGAGGUUAUCAAGACAGACCUGUUCAAGCAGCCGAACGAAUAUGAAGUAAUGGAGUUUCUCUGGUUGAGGGCAAAAUCCUAUUUCGGCCUGUCUGGACGAAGGGGAAAAGUAGUUCCAGUUCCUCAAGAUCGGCUAAAACCCGAAAAAGGAAAUGAAAAGAAGCAAAGCGACGACAAAGCCUUGGAGGUGAACCAAAAAGUGGACAUGCUCAUUCAUCACAUCAACACCGUUUAUUUCCAGGGUAACCUGGAUCCCAGCAACAAGGACUGGAUGGAGGAAAUGUCUCAGCAGAGAACUGGCCGAAAUCGAACUCAACGUUAUUGAGAUUCUCUGUGACGACGAUGACAACCCUUGGAACUUUUUCUCUCAAUUUCUGAAUUUUUAUGGAGUUUCUCUUCAGCCUUGCUCGAAUUCGACUACUGCAGGAUGCACCAUGGAAAACUUCUACCAAGACGGAUCCAUUUUAUUUCCAUGAACAAAUUCUUCUUUUCGAAUAUUUGCUCCACUAGAAGUAACUCAACCGAUAUGAAUCAUCCACUGUGGUAUGAUGGAAUUCUCACCCUUUCACGCAGUUUAAAACUUUGAAUUUGAUUGAUGCAUUUUGCUUUUCCUUUUUGUUUUGCGAAUUCCUGUGCACUCUAUAUUGAAC